AUGAGUGCUUUCUUUACAUUCGGGGCUUAUGGCACGAAUCCAUUUGCCCCACGGUAUGCCAAAAUGGCCACCCAAUCCUCCAAGUGCGGUUCCAAAAAUUUCGUUUAUACGAAGGUUCAUGAUGAUCCGAUGCCUGGUCCGCGACACCAUCACCGUCAGAGUGAUGUCCCCUGGCGAGACUCCUUUUCUUGGAAUCGCAUGCGCUGGAUUAUUCACGACUUUCGCAUGUUCGGGCUCUUUGGCGCCCUGAAGAAGCACUACUACAUUGGCGAAUCCUGGCGCCGCAAGGACGAGAAGAUCUUCGUGGGGAAGGAUGAAUUCGGCAAUAAGUAUUGGAUGUCCUGGCGCACAAGUGGGUCGAUGGGCACUCGUCUGGUAGAGCCGGCGGAUCCGCAUUGGUUUCGCGGCCAGUCCCCCUUCACCGCGAAUGGGAUUUGGCGGAAGUGGUUGCAAGGGAGCGUGGCACAUACCCCCGCACAGAUCAAAGCCCGUGGGGAGUGGGGCCUGAACUCCCGCGCGGGGAUCCCAAUGCCGUUUAAUAUCAAAAACGAUAGCUGGUCGCCCAUCAACUGGGGUAUUUUCUGGUCUCGCGAUCCGGCGUGGGUCCCGGGAGUUGGGAAUUUGGUUAAUCCGGAACGUAGGGUACUGCAGGAGGCCGGCUUCACGCGCUGGGUUCAUAACCAAGGCCAGCCCAUCUACAUGCCGUUUUGUGGUGUGCAUGACGUGUCCGACGAGCUGGUAGAGGAGUAUUACCGCGGCCAUUGGGCGUUUGGUCGAUCGAGCAAAGGAAAUGAUCACGAUGACUGGCAAAACUAA